CUGUCAGUUGGACUACCCCACCCGGAAAGCCCAUCCAAAUGGACUCCUCCAACCUCACCUCCCCUCCCUCUUUCCCCAACUCCCGCCCUCAAACCCUAGGUCAUGGACGCCGCCGCCCACAAGCGCAAGCGCAUCCAAGACGACGACGGGGAGUUCGACCUCUCCGCCCUCGAGGCUUCCGCCGCCGCCGACGCCGUCGAGGUGCUCGACCUCCGGGCGGCCAAGCGCCUGCUGCUCGCCUUCGAGCGCCGCCUGCGCGACAACCUCGAGGCGCGCAUGAAGUACCCCGACGACCCCGCCCGCUUCGCCGACUCUGAGAUCGCCCUCCACGCUGAGGUCGAGCGCCUCCGCCUCCUCGCCGGCGCCCCCGAGCUCUUCCCCGACCUCGUCCCCAUCGGCCUCGCCCCCUCCCUCUCCUCCCUCCUCACCCACGACAAUGCCGACCUCGCGGCAGCUGCCGCCUCCCUCCUCGCGGACCUCACCGACUCCGACGACCCAUCUGACCUCGCCGGCGUCCAGGCCCUCGCUGACGCCCUCGUCGAGGCCAACGCGCUCGAUCUCCUCGUCCACAACCUCUCCCGCUUCUCCGAGGCCGACCCCGACGAGGCAGAGGCCGUCCACCACACCCUCGCCGUCCUCGAGAACCUCCUCGACCUCCGCCCCCACCUCGCGGAUGCCGUCUGCGACAAAACCAAGGUCCUCCGCUGGCUCCUCGCGCGCCUCAAGGCCCGCGAGUUUGACGCCAACAAGCAGUACGCCUCAGAGAUCCUCGCCAUCCUCCUGCAGAAUAGCCCCGCCAACCAGAAGCGACUGGGCCAGAUCAACGGAGUCGACGGCCUGCUGCAGGCCGUUGCUAUGUACAAAUCCAGGGACCCAAAGACCUCCGACGAGGAGGAGAUGCUCGAGAACCUCUUCGACUGUCUCUGCUGCAUCCUCAUGCCCAUGGAGAACAAGGAGAGGUUUGUCAAGGCAGAAGGCGUCGAGCUCAUGAUCAUCAUAAUGAAGCAGAAGAAGCUGGCCUACAGCUCCGCCAUCCGGACACUGGAUUUUGCCAUGACCAGGUUCCCGCCUGCAUGCGAGCGCUUUGUUGAUGUGCUCGGGCUUAAGACUGUUUUCGCAGCCCUCAUGGGUAAGAUUCCCGUUAACAAGAAAAACAAGAAAGAGAGUUAUCAGGAGGAGCUAGAAGAACGUAUCAUUUCAUUGAUUGCUUCAUUGUUUGGUGGUAUCACCAAAGGCUCAAGAAGGAUCAGGCUACUAGGAAAAUUUGUUGAGAAUGAAUGCGAAAAGAUAGACCGUCUGAUGGAGUUUUACACAAGGUAUUCAGACAGAGUGAAAGAAGAGACUGAAAGACUUGAUAGUCUUGAUUUGGAAGAUUUAGAGAUGGACGAUGAUGAGCGGUACAACCGAAAACUUGAAGCUGGGCUCUACACACUACAGUUAAUUGCACUUAUUCUGGGACAUAUCUUGCACUCUGGGAAUUCCCAGAUGAGGACAAGAAUAGAGUUGCUUCUUAGACAGAACAAACUGACAAAGCAGGAUGUGAAGGAUAUACUUGAGGAAUAUCAUGACAACAUUGGGGAUUUGGAUGGGCCUGAAGAGAAGGAAAGAGCGCAAGCGCGAACAAAGGAAAUCUUAGGUGCAUUGUGAUCUUGAUGAAAUCAUAGCUGGGGCAUAUAUAUAGGCCUGGAGUUGGUUUUACUUAGAAGAAUCAUCGUGUAAGAUUCUAGUAGUUUGAAUUCCCCGUCAGUGUGAAUUUAGCAGAGUAUUCAUUUGCAAACUGGAUCCCUUGUUGUAUUAUUAUCUAUUUUGGAGGGGAAAAGGAAAAAGAAAGUUGUUGGCA